AUGGGGCAGUGGGGCUGGCUCCUCCUGUGGGUGCUGGUGACGCCCCUCGGAGCCAGACCUCUGUCCCCUAACAGCACCGACCAGGACACAGGGCCACGCAGGGCCGAGACGGGGCAGGCGCCGCAGCCGCUCUGGUUCAAUUAUCCCGACGAUGACAGAGCCAAGAUCCUGGCGACCUACCGCUACAUCGGGGAGCAGCCAGUGUUCUUCACAGCCAAUCCCCUCCCCCGACUCCUGCACCACAUCCUGUUUGGAUCCAUCCUGCUGACCCUGCUCUUCUUCCUCUACCAGAUCUUCAGCACAAUGUAG